UCAAGUAGCACGCUAGAUUGAUUGCCUUUGAAUGUUAAAGGCGAAAGAGGCUGCAGAUCUUUUCUGGAGUCUGAAGUGGGUUUAUUCCCCUUUGAGAAACAGGGGUCAAGUGAAAGACAAAGGCAAAAUGAGGGACGGCAGUUUGCAGGGGAAAGGAGCCGGGAGAAGGGAGAGGAGUCCCUGCGGGUCUGUGAGGCUCGCAGGCAGCGCAUUUGAAGCUUUCUGUUGCCUUUUGUUUCCUGCUGCUCUGAGCUUGAAGGAAUAGGGCUCCUCUCUCCCUGUCGCUCUCUGUCUCUCUCUCUCCUCCUUCUCUCACUUUCUCUGAUCACAGAGACAUCGUUAAAAUGCAGCUGCCACUGCAGGAGACCCGUCACCUGGAAAUCUUAUGUGAGGGAGUGCCCCGCGUGUUUCAGGAAGAAGGGAGUACGGAGGGCUGAAGGUGACUUUUGGUUGAUCUUUUGCAGAUCACCUGUGCUUCAGAUCUCAAGAUGUCUGGAGAUGGUUCGUUUAACGCUGGAGGUGAUGCUCAGCAAAGUCUCCAAUCUUUCUGGCCCAGAGUCAUGGAGGAGAUCAGAAACCUCACUGUGAAGGAUUUUAGAGUUCAAGAGCUUCCAUUAGCUCGAAUCAAGAAAAUCAUGAAGCUGGAUGAAGACGUAAAGAUGAUCAGCGCUGAAGCACCAGUUCUGUUUGCUAAAGCUGCUCAGAUAUUCAUCACAGAGCUGACACUACGAGCUUGGAUUCACACAGAGGACAACAAACGCAGGACUCUCCAGAGGAACGAUAUUGCAAUGGCCAUCACAAAGUUCGACCAGUUUGAUUUCUUGAUUGACAUCGUUCCCAGAGAUGAACUGAAGCCUCCCAAAAGACAGGAAGAAGUGCGACAGUCAGUCGCGCCCGCAGAACCCGUCCAGUAUUACUUCACUUUGGCACAGCAGCCAGGUGCUGUGCAGGUCCAGGGGCAACAGCAGGGGCAACAGAACACUGGCGCCACAGCCACCCUCCAGCAGGGGCAGAUCAUCAUCACACAGCCACAGCAGGGGCAGGUGUUACAAGGAGCAGGCGUGCAGCAGUAUCAGCAGGUGCAAGUCGCACAGCCCCAGACUACGGCAUCCUCAAUGACGAGCCAGCCUGUAACCAUGCAGGUGGGAGAGGGCCAGCAGCUACAGAUUGUGCAGGCAGGGCAGGGGCAGCAGGCACAGGCAGCCACGGGACAGACCAUGCAGGUCAUGCAGCAAAUCAUCACCAACACUGGAGAGAUCCAGCAGAUACCGGUGCAGCUGAACACAGGGCAGCUGCAGUAUAUCCGGUUAGCCCAGCCUGUAUCCGGGACACAAGUUGUUCAAGGACAGAUUCAGACACUUGCCACCAACGCACAGCAGAUAACGCAGACAGAAGUACAGCAAGGGCAACAGUUCAGCCAGUUCACCGACGGACAGCAACUCUACCAGAUCCAGCAAGUGACCAUGCCAGCAGGACAGGAGCUGAGCCAGCCCAUGUUCAUCCAGUCGACAAGCCAGGCAGCUGACGGGCAGGCCACACAGGUCACCACGGACUGAGCAGAGCCACCACAGGGAGGGGCUGCCACGCAAACUGAAGCAGGAACACACGGGUCCAGAGGCAGAAUCGGCGCACUCUCUCCCGCUGUUUUCUGUACCAAUGUAAUUAUUGUACACAAUGUCUGCAGUAGCCUCUGGCACGCUACACCGUCGUGUGGUUGAAACCAGAAUCUAAAAAGAGUGGAAAAACAAACACACAUUGCAAAUCAAAACCAUUUUUUCAAAACAUUGUUCAAAACCCUGUCAUUUCUUUUCAAGGAAAUGGAAGCAUUUAAUAACAUUGAAUGGUUUUGCUUGUAUUAAGGCACAGUUGGCAAUGUUGGUAAUAUGCACAUGUUUACCGGGAUGGGGUCCCUCCCCCUUAUGCAGCAAACUGUUCUGAUCAUGUUUUGUUCAGGCCACUCAACAUUUGUGGACCUCCUGUGGCUCCAGGAAAGACGUGUAUAUACUCGGAGACAACGCUUUUCUGAGCAGCCUCAUUUUUAUUUGACAGUGUACGGUUUAAUCGUACUGCAAGGGUGCCUGUACGUUUUAAUGAUGUUAGAAUCAAUAGCUCCAAUUAGAGUAUGCAUUUAAACCUCCUAAAAGCACAAUAUAGUGCAGUGCCUGUCACAAGUCCCACUCAUGUUUCCUGUAUUCAUGUCUGCAUUUAGUCAGGGAAUCUACCUGGCCAGUUUUAAUUUUAGAAUCUGUUGGAUGCAAUGGAAUUGUUUUUCUUUCAUCGUGGAAAUAGAAAUGGGUCAUGCUUUUUACAGUCCAUACUAUCAGUGACAAAGAUAUACAGCAGGACUGGCUUGUAGAACUUCUGGUUAUACAUUCUUCCCAGCUAAGCAUUCUUUGCAUAUCUAGUUUUGCUUUCAAGCAAAUUUAUUUUACUUCAUUGUGUAGUGUGUUUUUGUUUUUUGUCAGAUUUUGCAGAAUGGGUUUAGAACACACAUUUUAAACAUUAGCAUAAAUGCAUUUUUAUAACAGAAAAGGUAACUCUUUCCAAGGUAAUCCAUAACUGUUGUCCAGAAAGUGUGUUCCUGGCAGUCCAGCAGCCUGGAAAUAAAUAAAUAAAUAAAAUUAACGUGCACGUAGCUGUUGGAACCGUGCGGCUCAAAUAUCUGAAUUGUAACGAAGAAAAAAAUACAGAGAUAAAGCAGACAGCACAAGGAAUUAACUAAGUUAGAGUUUAUGAUGUUAGAAAUGUUCUGUAUCUCUUGAACAGUAUUCACAUCUCAAGCACUGCAGAUCAGCCUGUGCGGUGAUCCCUGGCUCGAAUCACACCCUGCUGUGUGAGUCCUGUGUUGUGUAUUUGUGUCUGUGAGAGUUCUGAAAGUGUGUAUUCCCACAGCACCCCCUCCCCUCCCCUCCCCUCCCGUGACUGUGUUUAAUAUCGUGUUGUAUAUAGAAGACUCCGUCCACCUGGACCAGGCUCGAGUCAGCUUUCUGACACCUUAGUCUGUAGAAAGCUUUUGAUUUUUUAUUUGUAUUAUUGUUUGUAAUAAUUGUGCUAGAUUAAAAUGUGUUUUUAUUUCAGCUUUUUUUGCAUGUAGUUUAAACUGCCAGCAUGUAAUGCAAUAAACUUUUUUUGGAUUA